ACUGAGUGAGGACAAGUUUUACAGGCGCUCCGAGAUAGUUCGCUUUGUUUACCAUGAUUUCCCGGGAAGAAAUCCUCAAGCCCAUAUGGUACGCCUUUACUGCUCUGGACAUGGACAGAAAUGGCAAAGUGUCGAAAUCUCAGCUAAAGGUGCUGUCCCACAACUUGUGCACCAUACUGAGAAUCCCCCAUAACUCUUCAGCUCUGGAGGAGCACUUCAAAGAUGACGACGAGGGACCUGUGUCGACACAAGGGUACAUGCCCUACCUUAACACGUUCAUACUAAAUAAGAUCGAGCCCAACUUUGAUUUCACCGAGCUGAAUAAGAUGUGCUGGACUCUGUGUGCACCAAAGCACAUCAGCGACAAGCACCUGCUCAUCUCUGGAGUCGAUGCCUUCAAGGUGUGGUGUAUCUUCAACUUCCUGUCUGAAGAUAAAUAUCCAUUACAUAUAGUCACAGAAGAGAUCGAGUACUUCCUGCGCAAGCUGUUAGCAGCCAUGAGUUACAGCUGGAAUGAGGGCCGUUUUGAAGACUACAAAAGGCAGCUCAUCUUAAAAAAACAUAAUCUCAGUGUCUGGGAGCUGAUUGAGCUAAUUGGCAUGGGCCAUUUCACCAAGGGCAUAAAUCCUCAGAUCCUCUCAAUGGGAAUCAAUGAGGUCUAUCAAGAACUUGUACAGAAUAUUAUAAAACAGGGCUAUAUGAUAAAAAAAGGGCACAAAAGGAAAAACUGGACUGAGCGAUGGUUUGAGCUGCAUCUCACCUACAUGUCAUAUUAUGUGAGUGAAGAUCUCACAGAGCAGAAAGGAUGCAUUUUGCUGGAUCGAAACUGCUGUGUUGAGUCCCUACCAGACAAAGAUUUGAAGAAGAACCUCUUCAUUAUAAAAUGUGUUGAAAAAAGUUUUGAGAUCAGUGCACCGGAUAAAAAGUCAAAACAGGAUUGGAUUCAAGGUAGCUGUGCUGGUUACAUCUAUAAAUCUGUCCAGGACUGCAUUGUCCGCAUAAGGCAAGGCCUUUCCUCCUCACAUUGUGAGGCCAGACAGAAACGAAGGAAACAGAGGAACCGAAUGAAAGCUGAACAGGAGACCAUAGAGAGCGGAGUGAGACAGCUUCAACUGGCCAGCGAAAGCAAGCAGGCCCAGCUGGAGGCCAUGAGUAAGAAUCUACAGGAAGCAACGAUGAGCGAUGUUAUAGAGAAACAGAGAAGAAUUCAAAAACAAAAACAACUUCUGGACCAGUACAAAAAGGACCUGGAGGAAGAGAAAAUGGCUCGAAAGCACAUGGAAGAACAGGUGGCAGAAAAGUCCAGUGAACUGGAGCAAUACUGGCAGCGUGUGAAGGAACUGGAGGAAAUGUACAGUCAACUUAAAGAGGCGCUAGAGGACGAGAGGCAGGCCAAACAGGACGAAGAAGCCCUGAGCAAACUGCAGACCAGGUUACUUGAAGAGGAGGCAAGAAAGAGGCAUGAAUUGGAGCAGAUUUACUUGCAGCAGCAAGAAGUCAUAACUUCGACUCAAAAGGAGAAAAAGGAGCUUGAGAAGGAGCAGUUGGCAAAGGAGAAGGCCCUGCAGGAUGCAAAGGAGCAGCUAAAGAAACUAGAAAAACAGAGAGAGGGGGCACAAGAGGAGUACAAGGCUGUUACAAAGAAAUUGCAGCGGGCAACUAACAAGACAAAGACUUGGAAACACAAAGUCACCGAACAUGAGGGCUUAAUACGACUCAUUCAACCAGGCACCAAGUCUCCUUUAAAAAUCACAAACUGGGGACAGUCAGCUUUCACUGAAGCGGAGUUGGAUCAGAAAGAGAAGAUGUGGCAGGAGGUCAAGAAUAUAUCACACGAUGGACAGUAACAACUGAUGUGUCCAUUUGCAUUACCAUUUUUUCUUUUUUAUGUAUAGAUUUUUUUUAAUGGCAGGCAGUUUUCUUUCUAAUGGCUGUUACUGGUUAAAUCUUUUCACUGAAAUGUGUUUUUAUUCAACGUUUCUGUAAUCAUGUGCUCAUAUAAUGAUAUGUUAGUAGAUAAAUUAUGUGGAAUUGAUUGUGUCCCUUUUGUAUUUACUGAAAUUUUAUGUAAAGUAUGACAGCCACACUUCAUUUUAGGUAAAUGAAGUGUGUAUAUAUGCAUAUGUGUAUAUAUACAUACAUAUACACAUAUGCAUAUAUACACACAAAUAAGUACAUUUAGAAAAUGUUACUUCAUUAUCCUUCAUAUUUUCAUAUGUACCUGAGUUGAUAAUCCAAAUUUUGAGAUAUAAUUCUUAACAAGGGCAUUCCUACCAAUUAUGUGUAUUGCUCAGCAGUUUGUAGUGCUGGUAAAGCACCUAGUUCAUAUUUAUGCAUGCUUUUGCCCACUAGAUGUCCUUGUUGAUGCACAUAAACUGCUGCAAAGAGGCUAAUUCAUACCCUCAUUUUGAUAGCUGUGCGAACACUGCACCAAAGAAAAUCAAGAACGUUGGGAAGUGCCUGUAUAAUGAAUUUUUAGCCUGUCACUGUAGCCUGAUUGAAACACCCUACUAUUUUAUAUGAAUAAAUCUUCAACAUCUGUGGUCGAUGAGGUUGAUUGGUUUAUUACAUUUUGCAAAUGGAAUGUUUAAUUUGUUUUUUGCUGCUUGAUCAUCUUUUAUUAAUCUUUAUUUAAUUUUAUUUGCUUUAUA